AUGGGCGGAGCAGUUGGAUGGCCAAGUAAUUUAUCAGGAGUAGGAAUCUGAGUUGUGGGCUCCUCUGACUAAUAUUAUAUUAUUGCACUCUCUCUCUCCUCCAUUGACUAAGAAAAAGAAUCCGAUGGCUGUCUCCGUCCGUCUCUCUCUCCCCUCUUUUUCUCUCUCUAACCCCCUUCUUGGUUUGGAAAAAGAAUCGGAUUUGUGAGGUACUUGGGCGACGAAUCCGAGUUGCUCUCUGAGAUCCCAAGUGCCUCCUCAACGUUACUGAUGACGAGGGAAAAGGGGGAUGCGCCUUUGUAUCCGCGAAGGAAGGACACGUGUCAAUAAAUUAUUGCUGUGUCCUUUUCAUGUGGAAUCUACCACGCAUAUUAUCAAUGGAUUUUCUCGCUGGGCCCAGGAGGAUCUUGAGCUAGAUCCAGGAUGAUGGCCCAUUUCCGGCCUACUGGGCCUUCCGAAGUUGGGGAAAUUCAUCGGGGGGCGAGUCUCUCCUACCCAUCAUAUUCGCACGUGUUGGCAUGCGUAAAGAAGGCCGACUGUCUCUUUCUUUGCACCGCUGUGAUCGUCCUUCGUUCCAAGGUUAUCGAUGGGUGGGGGUGGGCUAAUUCGGGGUGCUCGAGGAGGACCUGCGUCGGAGAAGAGGCGAGCAGCGACGAUCAAGCUCCGCCGCAGAAGCCCAAUACCUGCCCCUGUUCCGUCGCCGGAAACGUGGGCGGUCCUAUUUAACAGAGGAGGGCCACCGCCGCCGGAGUCCCUCUCCGGCAUCACCGAGGAGGAAGGGUAGCUCCCCCACCACCACCGCUGCCCGGAAAGCUCCUCUCACAGAUGGGUGCCGCCGCGCGGGUUCCUCCUCUCCAGCUGGCCCUCCUGGCCGUGGCCGCCGCCGCGGCGCUCCUCCUCGCCUGCCCAGCGGAGGCCGGAAGAGCCCGGCACCACCUGCACCUACCGCGUGCCAACCAUCGCCACCACGGCGCCGGCGGCGCCGCCCGCCUGUGCAGCCGUACGGACUACCCCACGCUGUGCAUGGCGGUAGGGAAGAGGCUGGGGGGCAGCGUGCCGAGUGCUGACGCCCUCGUGCGGGCGACCAUCCAGGUAGCCAUGCAGAAGACGCACGAGGCGAAGGCCACGGCGGCGCGGCUCGGCGCCGCCCCCUCGCGCGACCGCUACGCCAAGGGCAACGUCGAAACGUGCCGGCGGUCGUACGACAGCGCGCUGGCCGACCUGCAGACGUCGCUGAGGGCGCUGAGGAGCAGGUCCCUCGCCGACCUCCGGAUCAAUCUCUCCGCCGUGAUCACCGACGUCGGGACCUGCGACGACGGCUUCAUGGAGAGCGCCGCCGGGAGAAGGUCCCCCUUCGCCGGUGUCAACGGGGCCAUCCACAAGUUCGCGAGCAACGGGCUGGCGCUGUCCGAGACGAUGAGGGGGCGCCACUGA